AUUCCAGUAGCCUAAUGUUCCAUCUUCUCUUCUUCAGGAGCUACACGUUGCCAAAUGAGCAAAGGCAGAACCAGCCGUCGCCCCUCUGUGGCACGAGUCCGAGUGGCUGUGAGACUUAGGCCCUUUGUAGAAGAGGCCAAUAGCACCAGUGAGAGCUCCUGUGUACGGGGCCUGGACAGCUGUUCCUUGGAGAUUGCCAAUGGGAGAAAUAGUCAGGAGACACUCAAAUACCAGUUUGAUGCCUUUUAUGGGGAAACAAGCACCCAGCAGGACAUCUAUGUUGGCUUUGUCCAGCCCAUCCUUCGCCACUUGAUGAAUGGACAGAAUGCCAGUGUGCUUGCCUAUGGUCCAACAGGCGCAGGGAAGACAUACACAAUGCUAGGCAGCCCAGAGCAGCCUGGCAUUAUCCCUCGGGCCCUUAAAGACCUCUUGCAGCUCACCUGGGAGGAGGGUGCAGAAGGGCGACCCUGGGCCUUUGCUGUCUCCAUGUCCUAUUUGGAAAUCUAUCAAGAGAAGGUAUUGGACCUCCUUGCCCCUGCUUCAGGGGACUUGGUGAUCAGAGAAGAUCGAUGGGGGAACAUCCUGAUCCCUGGACUCACCCAAAAACCCAUUGCUUCCUUCACUGACUUUGAACAACACUUCCUGCCAGCCAGCAGAAACCGAACUGUGGGAGCUACCCGACUCAACCAGCGCUCUUCCCGAAGCCAUGCUGUGCUCCUGGUUAAAGUGGAACAACGGGAGCGGAUUGCCCCAUUCCGGCAACGAGAGGGGAAGCUCUAUCUGAUUGACUUGGCUGGUUCAGAGGACAAUCGGCGUACAGGCAACCAGGGCUUGCGGCUAAAGGAGAGUGGAGCCAUCAAUGCCUCCCUCUUUGUGUUGGGCAAGGUGGUAGAUGCAUUGAACCAAGGCCUGCCCCGUGUUCCCUACCGAGACAGCAAGCUUACCCGACUGCUACAGGACUCCCUCGGAGGUUCAGCCCACAGUGUACUCAUUGCUAAUAUUGCUCCAGAGAGGCGCUUCUACCUAGAUACAGUAACGUCACUCAACUUUGCCUCCAGGUCCAAAGAAGUAAUCAACCGGCCAUUCACCCAUAAAAGCCUUCAGCCCCCUGCUUUUAUCCCAGUGAAGCCAGGCCAAAAGGAACUGAUGGAUCCUCCAGAAGCAAAGCAGGCUAGAAGCCAGGAAGAAAUGGAAGACAGGACAAGUAGCCCAGAACUUCUAUCUGGCUGUCCCAAACGAAGCCCUCUGAAGCAGCUGAAUACCCUAGAACCAGCUGUGCAAGAGCGCCUGCUAAACCUGGAUCGAAUUCUAGACUCCCAGGGGAGCCACAGAACUUCAAUCCUAAGCACACCACGAAGAGAACGGACAGCUCUAGAAAAGGCUUUGAAAGAGAAGGACUUGGAGAUUCAGAGGCUGAAGGAAAAGUAUAAAGAGCUAGAGGCCAACAGACAGAGUCAAAAGCCCAAGGAACUGGAGGAAGAGGAGAAUGGCUCACUGGCCCCACCUUGUCCCCUUCCCUCAAAAACAAUCUCCAUGACCAAACCUCUGAAUAGAGUUGUACCCUUUCGGCUAAUUCAGGAGCAGACAACAUCCCAAAAUAAGGCCCAUGUCCUGCAGAAAGAAAGCCGUAAGAGGAAGCAGCCCGAGCCGAUCUGUGGGCAGCAGGAAGAGCAGCCUGAGGGGCUCUGCACCACCUUGGAACUGCUGCAGAUGCCCCCAGACCUCCUGACCGAGAGCCGCAGGAAGAUCCUGGGCCUGCUCAAUACUGGCUCUGCCAAGGAGCUUCGGAGGCUGCAGCGUAUUGGAGAAAAGAAAGCCCAGCUCAUCGUGGGCUGGCGGGAGCUGCACGGCCCCUUUGCGGAGGUGGAGGACCUGGGGCAGGUGGAAGGCAUCUCUGAGAAGCAAGUGGCCACCUUUGUGAAGGCCAACAUCCUAAGCUUGGCUGCCGAGUGUUUCAGGGCCUUGCCGCGGAAGGACAUCUGAGCGCCGCUGCUGCUGGUCGCCCCGCCAUCGCUUCCUGGUGCCGCGGAACACCUAGACUCCGUCCGUGUUUUACAGUGGGGGGUGGGGGUGGGCGGGUUUCUGUAAAUAGAGUGUUUUGUCCAGUC